AUGAAGUUAGAAAACACUCUAUUUACUCUCGGUGCCCUAGGAGGCAUCUCCGCUGCUCUGGUUAUCCCCAAUCUUGAGGAUACCGCCGACCAUCGCGAGCUGAUGGGCAAGGAGGAACACGAUAGCCCCAGACACGCUGAGUUUGCCGACGGCAACGACAGACAUGACGAAAAACCUCCACACAAGAAGGGCCGCAAGGAGAGAAAGAACGCGGAAUCUAUCGAGGACAGCUCCGACGACGAGGACAAGCCCCACCGCAAGGGCGGCUGCCACGGUAAGAAGGACAAGAAAGACAAGAAAGACAAGAAAGCCAAGGACAAGAAACACCACGGCAAGAAACUUGCAAAGGGUGAGAAACACCACGGCAAGGAGCACCACAGCAGGCUGGCUCCCUUGGUGUCCGCUGAGCAGUUCAACCCGGACGCCAUCUCCAAGAUCAUUCCUAACCGCUACAUUAUCGUCUUCAAAAAGGACGUUUCUUCGGAACAGGCCGCUUUCCACAGGGAAACCGUCCACCAAGCGCAAUUGCAAUCCGUAGAGAACUUGGCCGCCGAGGAUGCCUUUUUCAUGUCCACUAGAGACUCCGCCUUGUCCACCUCCGAGACCGGCGGGAUCCAGGACUCCUUCAACAUCGACAGCCUGUUUUCCGGCUACAUCGGCUACUUCACCCAGGAAAUUGUCGACUUGAUCCGUCAAAACCCUCUGGUCGACUUUGUUGAAAAGGACUCCGUCGUAGAAGCCACCGACUUCGACACUCAAAACAGCGCCCCUUGGGGGCUGGCCCGUGUUUCCCACAGGGAGCGCCUGAACCUUGGUUCUUUCAACAAGUACCUCUACGACGACGACGCCGGUCGCGGCGUCACCUCCUACGUCAUUGACACCGGUGUCAAUGUCAACCACAAGGACUUCGAAAAGAGAGCCAUUUGGGGGAAGACCAUCCCACUCAACGACGAAGACCUUGACGGCAACGGGCACGGUACCCAUUGUGCCGGUACCAUCGCCUCCAAGCACUACGGUGUCGCCAAGAACGCCAACGUUGUCGCCGUCAAAGUUCUGAGAUCAAACGGGUCCGGUACCAUGUCCGAUGUCCUUAAGGGUGUCGAAUACGCUGCCAAGGCUCAUCAAAAGCAAGCCGAGGAAAAGAAGAAGGGCUUCAAGGGCUCCACCGCCAACAUGUCGCUUGGUGGUGGUAAGUCCCCCGCUUUGGACCUGGCCGUCAACGCCGCAGUCGAAGCCGGUAUCCACUUCGCCGUCGCCGCCGGUAACGAAAACCAAGACGCCUGUAACACCUCUCCAGCCUCUGCUGACAAGGCCAUCACCGUCGGUGCCUCCACUCUGAGCGACGACAGAGCCUACUUCUCCAACUGGGGUAAGUGUGUCGACGUUUUCGCCCCCGGUUUGAACAUUUUGUCCACAUACAUCGGCAGUGACGAGGCCACCGCUACUUUGUCAGGUACCUCCAUGGCCUCUCCUCACGUUGCUGGUCUGUUGACAUACUUCUUGUCGUUGCAACCAGGUUCCGACAGUGAGUUCUUCGAAUCGGGCCAGAAAUCUUUGACCCCUCAACAAUUGAAGAAGAAGUUGAUCCAUUACAGUACCAAGGACAUCUUGUUCGACAUCCCCGAUGACACUCCAAACGCUUUGAUCUACAACGGUGGUGGCCAAGACUUGUCCGCCUUCUGGAACGACACCAAAAAGUCUCACUCGUCUUCCGGUUUCAAACAAGAAUUGAACAUGGACGAGUUCAUCGGUUCAAAGACUGAUUUGAUCUUUGACCAAGUAAGAGAUGUUCUUGAUAAAUUGAAUAUCAUUUAA